AUUAACUCUAAAAUGUUAUCGAUCGGGAGAUGAUCUCAAGUCUCACCCAGCAAACUAAAAACUCCAAACCCAAAAUAAUUACCAGAGACACAAAUAAACAAUCAAAACCAAACAACAUCCUAUUCCUCUCAUAAAAUCACCCAAAAAUCCUCUCUCAAUCAUCUAUGGAGUCUUUAACUAAUUAAUUUCUUGAAAGUACCCAUUUAUUUCAGAAUGGCAUCAUCAUCAUCAGCUUCACUGAUGGAAACUCUUUUCCAACGCACAUCCGAGGACAUCAUAAAGGGUCUUCGCCACCAGCAAACCGGAGAGUCCGAGUCAUCGUUUAUCUCAAAAGUUAUUGAAGAAAUCCGCAGAGAGAUCAAAUCAACAGACUUGCACACCAAAUCGGUAGCUUUACAAAAACUCACAUAUUUAAAUUCACUUCAUUUUAUAGACAUGUCAUGGGCUGCUUUUCAUGCUGUUGAAUGCAUUUCUUCACCGGUUUUCUCCCAUAAAAAACUGGGCUACCUUGCAAUUUCACAGUCUUUUAAUGAAUCCACCUCUGUUAUGUUACUGAUCACUAACCAGUUGAGGAAAGAUCUCAAGAGUGCUAAUGAGUUUGAAGUUAGUUUAGCUCUUGAAUGUUUGUCUAAGAUUGGUACUCUUGAUUUGUGUAGAGAUCUUACCAGUGAAGUUUUUGUUUUGAUGUCAAGUUCUAAGCUUUUUGUUAGGAAGAAAGCUGUUGGUGUUGUUUUGAGGGUUUUUGAGAAGUACCCAGAUGCUGUUAGGGUUUGUUUUAAGCGGCUUGUUGAAUGUUUAGAUGGGAAUGAUUCGCAGAUUGUGUCGGCUGUUGUCGGGGUUUUCUGUGAGCUUGCGAAGAAAGACCCGAAAUCUUAUCUUCCUUUAGCACCCGAGUUUUAUAAGAUUUUGACUGAUUCGAGGAAUAAUUGGGUUUUGAUUAAAGUGUUGAAGAUUUUUGCAAAGUUGGCUCCUUUGGAGCCUAGGUUAGCUAAAAGGGUUAUUGAACCGAUUUGUGAUCAUAUGAGGAGAACUGGGGCUAAAUCGUUGAUGUUUGAGUGUGUUAGGACUGUGGUGACUAGUUUUAGUGACUAUGAAUCUGCGGUGAAGCUCGCGGUUGAGAAAAUUCAUGAGUUUUUGGUGGAUGAUGAUCAGAAUCUUAAGUACCUUGGAUUGCAUGCGUUGGCAAUUGUAGCACCAAAGCAUUUGUGGGCAGCGUUAGAGAAUAAGGAGGUCGUGAUUCAAUCUCUCAGCGAUUCCGAUCCUAAUGUAAAGCAUGAGUCUUUGCGUCUAGUGAUGGCCAUGGUUUCUGAGAGCAAUGUGGUGGAAAUAUGUAGGGUUUUGCUCAACUAUGCACUCAAAUCUGAUCCUGAUUUCUGCAAUGAGAUUCUUGGUUCAAUUUUGUCAAAGUGUUGCCAGAAUGUCUAUGAGAUUGUAGUCGACUUUGAUUGGUAUGUGUCACUUCUUGGGGAAAUGUCAAGGAUUCCACAUUGUCAAAAGGCAGAAGAAAUUGAGAAGCAGCUCAUUGAUAUAGGUAUGAGGGUCAAGGAUGUUAGACCAGAGCUUGUUCGGGUUGGUCGAGAUUUGCUGAUUGAUCCUGCAUUACUUGGGAAUUUUUUCUUGCACGGUAUAUUGUCUGCUGCUGCUUGGGUCUGUGGAGAGUAUGUAGAAUUUUCAAGGAAUACGAUUGAACUCGUGGAGGCGUUGCUACAGCCUCGUACUAGUCUCUUGCCCCCAUCAGUCAGAACUAUUUACAUGCAGUCUGCUUUUAAGAUUUUAGUAUUUUGUUUACACUCAUACUUCUUACAUAAGGAAAAUUGUUCUGACGAUGUGACAUCAGAAAUUACAGAACUGCCAUCCAAUGGGGAAUGUGCAGGAAGUUCCAGUUUGGCCACACACAAAGCACGUGCUAGUAGUUAUGAACAAGACGAAGGUUUCAAUCCUAGAGAUUCAAAUAAUUCAUAUGAAGAUCUUUCUGUCAUGGAUGUAGGGGAUGAUCAUACAUAUACUUUGUUGGAGAAAAAAGGUUUUACGUAUGAUUCUAUUGUUAAGCUUUUAAGCUUAAUUGAAUUGGCCUUUGGCCCGCUAAGCGGAAGUAGUGAUGUUGAAGUACAGGAACGGGCAAGGAAUGUACUUGGAUUUCUGGAGUUGGUAAAGAAAGAAAUAUUCUCAUCAAAAGAAACAAAAAAUGGAGAUAUGAAAGCAUCCAUAGUUGUUCACUUGGUGCAUGAUGCUUUUUCUGAGGAGCUUGGUCCAGUCGCAGUAAAUGCUCAAGAGAGAGUUCCAAUACCGGAUGGUUUAGUGCUUAAGGAAAAUCUUGCUGAUUUGGAUGAAAUUUGUGGUGACAUACAAUUAUCAUCAUCUAGUUUGUUUUCCUUGGGAAGUUCUUAUGGAGAGAGUUUUGGUGCUUCUGGCUCUAUCCCUCAAUUCAAUGAAGAGUUGGAACAAUCGAGUGAGUCCACUUCAUUACUUGUAGAACACCGUAAGCGCUACGACUUGUAUUAUCUCUCUUCAGAGAAGAAUGAAACUAUAGCAAAUGACUAUCCACCUGCAAAUGACCCCAUUUCCGGCAUAAACACCAAUGAUGAUGCUAAAGAUCUGGCCAAGCUUGCCGACCAAUCACUUGGCUCAAAACGAAAACCAAACAAUGCAAAGGCUAGGCCUGUGGUGGUUAAGUUGGAUGGUGAUGUUGCCCCAAUAACUCUCAGGAAACCAGAAAUGAAAGAUGCUCAGCUUUCUGAUGCAGUUCGAGAUAUUCUUUUAGGUAAUGCAGGUAUACCUGCUUCAUCACAAAGCAGUCCAUCUAAAUUAUCUAGUAAGAGUAAAGGGAAAGAGAAACAGAAUGCGGAUCUUCCUGAAUCGGGAGAAAUUAUAGGUGGAGAGAAGGCUAACCUUGGUAAUCCAAGUUCAAGAAGCAAACACAGGAGCCAUGGUAAAGAGAGAGGCAAGAAAAAGGCAGAGGACGAGAAUGUUGAUGAAAGAGACGACCAUGAGAAGAAAGGAAAGCAGAAGAGUAAGCAUCGUCAUGGUAGACAUAAAACUCGACAAAGAGCUGAAGUAUCCUCGAAUCUGGUUGCACAAACACCAGUUAUUCCUGAUUUCCUAUUAUAGCAUUAAAAUCCGGAGCAAUGCUUCUAUUUAUGGCUGCUGCUGAGAACUUGAUUGAUUUCAUUCAUGUAUUCUACCACCUUGAUUACCGAGUUUUUAGAAGCAUGUGCAGGAGUUGACUAAUCUUGCAAUUAAAGCAAUAAUUAAGAGGGAAAAACUGAGGAAGGAAGAGGAAGAAAACAAAAGAAAUUUAAUAUUUCUACCCCUUUCUUGAGGAACAAGAAAAGAUUCCAAGGCUGUGUUCAUGUUUUAUGAUUUCAAGUCUUCCAAAUUAAUAGAAAACAGAAAAAAGGAAAGUACCUUCUCAAGAAUGCCCGGUCAAUCAGAAGAUAGUUAUUAUAUCGGUAGCAUAGCAUAAAAACAUUCUUUGCAUAUUUUUUUUUUUUAGUUCUAAUGAAAUCAUUAUAGAAUUGAUCUCUAACCAAAUUUCUCUAAGUAAUCAAAGUAAUUGCUUAAAUCAUCAUUAAAAGGGGUGAUUAGAGGAAUCACAGGAAAUGUACAUUUUAAGGAUCAACUUAUACUUUUCUGCCCAAGAUGGAUGGAUCUUUAGUGAUUUGGCUUGAGUUUUA